GUUUACCUUACCAGGAAGAGCGAGACAUUGCAGCUCCAUAAAAUCCAGGAAGAAGAGAGAGCAGUCACAUGCCUGCAAACAACACUGACAGAUUGUUUAGAACAGACGUGAGCAAGUUUCAGAUAAACAGAAAUGGGGCCCUUAGCAGCAGCUCAGCUCCUGGCCCUGAUCUCACUGACUGUGGCCCUCGACAACGGAUUGCUGAAGACUCCACCUAUGGGAUGGAUGGCCUGGGAACGCUUUCGCUGUGAUGUUGACUGUAAAGAUGACCCAAAAAACUGCAUUAGCGAGGUUUUGUUCAGAGACAUAGCUGACCGGCUGGCGGAGGAUGGCUGGAAGGAGCUGGGCUAUGAGUAUGUAAUCAUAGACGACUGCUGGAUGUCCAUGCAGAGAGAUGAACAUGGGAGGCUGCAACCUGAACCAUCCAGGUUCCCAGGAGGCAUUGCAAAACUGGCAAGGUAUAUCCAUGACCGUGAACUGAAGCUGGGCAUCUAUGCAGACAUGGGCACUCACACAUGUAUGGGAUUCCCUGGCACCACACUGGAUAAAAUCGAGAUUGAUGCCCAGACCUUUGCUAGCUGGGGUGUAGACUAUCUGAAGUUUGAUGGCUGUUCCUCAAAUCCUGUAGAACAAAUGCUUGGUUACCCUCUGAUGUCCAAGGCUUUGAAUGCUACAGGAAGACCUAUAGCAUACUCCUGUAGUUGGCCUGUCUAUGUUGGAGGCCUUCCCCCUAACGUUAACUACUCUUUACUGGGUGAUAUUUGUCACCUGUGGAGGAAUUACAAUGACAUCCAGGACUCAUGGGACAGUGUGCAAGACAUCAUUGAGUGGUACUCCAACAACCAGGAUUAUCUGCAGCCGGCUGCGGGGCCUGGACGAUGGAAUGACCCUGACAUGCUCAUCAUCGGAAACUUUGGUCUUAGUGUGGACCAGGCUCGCUCCCAGAUGGCUCUAUGGGCUAUAAUGGCCGCACCUCUCAUCAUGUCUAAUGACCUUCGAAACCUGGGCAACAGCGCGAGGACCAUCCUGCAAAACAAAGUGGCCAUUGCCAUAAACCAGGACCCCCUGGGAAUCCAGGGAAGACGCCUAUUGACGGAGAAGACGCAUAUUGAGGUUUACUGGAGGCCUCUGUCUCGUUCAGCUAGUGCCAUCGUGUUCCUGAGUCGACGGACAGACAUGCCCUACCUCUACCGCACCUCUCUGGCUAAACUCAACUACGAUGCUGGCAACUAUGAGGCCUACGAUGUGUUUAAUGGCUUGACAGUGACGGGGCUGAAUGCCACCACAGAGUUUACAUUCUCCAUCAAUCCCUCAGGUGUUGUCAUGUGGUACGUGUACCCAGAACAGCAGUCCAAACAGACAGAGAAAAGCCACUACCAGCACGAGAAAGCCUCACAUCAUACUGUGCUAUGAAGGAACUGUUGUGGAGAAAAGGAUAUGCGUAGAAAAAAAGUGGAAUUUUAUGGAAUCAUUUAAAAUGCUAAUCAAAGCCAAUGUCAACUUGAUUUGUAUGAACAGAAGUUAUUUUGCAAAGAUUUCAAACAUAGUAUUUUUUUGCUUUGUUCUUUUUUUUAAUUGUUUUCCUUUAUUUAAUAAAAUAUGUACAAAUUA